GGACUCCGCAGCAUGUCCCCCGCGCUCCACGACCUGACGCCAUCCGCAGGAAUGAAGAAGACCCUGCAGGAUGAGAUUGACACCAUCCUGCGGGAGAGGAUUAUGGUGCUUGACGGAGGGAUGGGGACCAUGAUCCAGCGGCACAAGCUGAGUGAAGACGACUUCCGAGGACAAGAAUUUAAAGAUCACGCCAGGCCCCUGAAAGGCAACAAUGACAUUUUAAGUAUAACUCAGCCCGAUGUCAUUUACCAAAUCCAUAAGGAUUACUUGCUGGCUGGGGCAGAUAUCAUUGAAACAAAUACUUUUAGCAGCACUGCUAUUGCCCAAGCUGACUAUGGCCUCGAACACUUGGCCUACAGGAUGAACAAGUGCUCUGCGGGAGUGGCCAGAAAAGCAGCUGAGGAGAUAACUCUCCAGACAGGAAUUAAGAGGUAUGUGGCAGGAGCUCUGGGUCCAACUAACAAGACACUCUCUGUGUCCCCAUCUGUGGAAAGACCAGAUUACAGGAACAUCACGUUUGAUGAACUCGUUGAAGCAUACAGAGAGCAGGCCAAAGGGCUUCUGGAUGGUGGGGUUGAUAUCUUACUCAUUGAAACUAUUUUUGAUACUGCCAAUGCCAAGGCAGCCUUGUUUGCAGUCCACAAACUUUUUGAAGAGGAGUAUGCUCCCCGGCCUCUCCUUAUUUCAGGGACAAUUGUUGAUAAAAGUGGGCGGACUCUCUCUGGCCAGACCGGGGAGGCGUUUAUCAUCAGCGUGUCUCAUGCAGACCCACUCUGCAUUGGAUUAAAUUGUGCUCUGGGUGCAGCUGAAAUGAGACCUUUUAUUGAAGCAAUUGGAAAAUGUACAACAGCCUAUGUCCUCUGUUAUCCCAAUGCAGGUCUUCCCAAUACCUUCGGUGAAUAUGAUGAAACUCCACACGUGAUGGCCAUGCACUUAAAGGAUUUUGCUAUGGACGGCUUGGUCAAUAUAGUUGGCGGGUGCUGUGGUACGACACCAGAUCAUAUCAGAGAAAUUGCUGAAGCUGUGAAAAACUAUAAGCCUAGAGUUCCACCUGCCACUGUUUUCGAAGGGCAUAUGCUACUGUCUGGUUUAGAGCCCUUCAGGAUUGGCCCGUACACCAACUUUGUUAACAUUGGAGAGCGCUGUAAUGUUGCAGGAUCCAGGAAGUUUGCUAAACUCAUCAUGACAGGAAAUUAUGAAGAAGCUCUGAGCGUUGCCAAAAUGCAGGUGGAAAUGGGAGCCCAGGUGUUGGAUAUCAACAUGGAUGAUGGCAUGCUGGAUGGACCAAGUGCAAUGACCAGAUUCUGCAACUUCAUCGCUUCCGAGCCUGACAUUGCCAAGGUGCCCUUGUGCAUCGACUCUUCCAAUUUUGCUGUGAUUGAAGCUGGGUUAAAGUGCUGCCAGGGGAAGUGCAUUGUUAACAGCAUCAGCCUGAAGGAGGGAGAGGAUGACUUCUUGGAGAAGGCCAGAAAGAUUAAAAAGUUUGGAGCUGCUGUGGUGGUUAUGGCUUUUGAUGAAGAAGGACAGGCAACAGAAACAGACACCAAAAUCAGAGUGUGCACCCGGGCCUACCAUCUCCUUUUGAAAAAACUGGCCUUCAAUCCAAAUGACAUCAUCUUUGACCCUAAUAUCCUCACCAUUGGUACUGGGAUGGAAGAACACAACUUGUAUGCUGUUAAUUUUAUCAGUGCAACAAAAGUCAUUAAAGAAACGUUACCUGGAGCCAAAGUAAGUGGAGGUCUUUCCAACUUGUCCUUUUCAUUCCGAGGAAUGGAAGCCAUUCGAGAAGCAAUGCAUGGGGUUUUCCUUUACCAUGCAAUCAAGUUUGGUAUGGACAUGGGGAUAGUGAAUGCUGGAAGCCUUCCUGUGUAUGAUGACAUCCACAAGGAACUUCUCCAGCUCUGUGAGGACCUUAUCUGGAACAGAGACCCUGAGGCCACCGAGAAGCUCUUACACUACGCCCAGACUCAGGGCAAGGGAGGGAAGAAAGUCAUCCAGACUGAUGAGUGGAGGAAUGGCCCCAUCGAAGAACGCCUUGCAUAUGCUCUUGUGAAGGGCAUUGAAAAAUACAUUAUUGAGGAUACUGAGGAAGCCAGAUUAAACCAGGAAAAAUAUCCCCGACCUCUGAAUAUCAUUGAAGGGCCACUGAUGAAUGGCAUGAAAAUUGUUGGUGAUCUUUUUGGAGCUGGAAAAAUGUUUCUACCUCAGGUUAUAAAGUCAGCUCGGGUCAUGAAGAAAGCCGUGGGUCACCUUAUUCCCUUCAUGGAAAAAGAGAGAGAAGAAACCAAAGUGCUUACUGGCACGAUAGAAGACAAGGACCCUUACCAAGGUACCAUUGUGCUGGCUACCGUUAAAGGCGACGUGCACGACAUUGGCAAGAACAUAGUUGGAGUAGUCCUUGGCUGCAAUAAUUUCAGAGUUAUUGACUUAGGAGUCAUGACUCCAUGUGACAAGAUACUGAAAGCUGCUCUCGACCACAAAGCAGAUAUAAUUGGCCUGUCAGGACUAAUCACUCCUUCCCUGGAUGAAAUGAUUUUCGUUGCUAAGGAAAUGGAGAGAUUAGCUAUAAAGAUUCCGUUGUUGAUUGGAGGAGCUACCACUUCGAGAACCCACACAGCAGUUAAAAUAGCCCCAAGAUACAGCGCGCCUGUGAUCCAUGUCCUGGACGCAUCUAAGAGCGUGGUGGUGUGUUCUCAACUGUUAGAUGAGAAUCUAAAAGAUGAGUACUUUGAGGAGAUUAUGGAAGAAUAUGAAGAUAUUAGACAAGACCAUUAUGAGUCUCUCAAGGAAAGAAGAUACUUAACCUUAAGGCAAGCUAGAGAAAGCGGUUUCCAUAUUGACUGGCUGUCAGAACCUCCCCCAGUGAAGCCCACGUUCCUUGGGACUCGGGUCUUUGAAGACUACGACCUGCAGAAGCUGGUGGACUACAUUGACUGGAAGCCUUUCUUUGACGUCUGGCAGCUCCGGGGCAAAUACCCAAACCGAGGCUUUCCCAAGAUAUUUGACGACAAAGCUGUAGGUGAAGAAGCCAAAAAAGUCUAUGAUGAUGCCCAAAAUAUGCUGCAGGCACUGAUUAGUCAGAAGCAGCUCCACGCCAGGGGCGUGGUUGGGUUCUGGCCAGCGCAGAGCAGCCAGGACGACAUCCACCUGUAUGCGGAGGGCGCUGCACCCCAGGCCGUGGAGCCCAUCGCCACCUUCUACGGACUCAGGCAGCAGGCCGAGAAGGACUCUGCCAGCGCAGACCCCUACCUCUGCCUCUCGGACUUCAUCGCCCCUCUGCACUCGGGCGUCCCCGACUACCUGGGUCUGUUUGCCGUCGCCUGCUUCGGGGUGGAAGAGCUGAGCAAGGCCUACGAGGAAGAGUGUGACGACUACAGCAGCAUCAUGGUCAAGGCGCUGGGGGACCGGCUGGCCGAGGCCUUCGCCGAGGAGCUGCACGCGCGGGUCCGCAGGGAGCUGUGGGGCUACUGUGGUGGCGAGCAGCUGGCCGUGGCUGACCUGCGGAGGCUGCGCUACGAGGGCAUCCGGCCGGCACCCGGCUACCCCAGCCAGCCCGACCACACCGAGAAGCUGACCAUGUGGAGGCUGGCGGACGUGGAGCGGCACACAGGCAUUAGGUUAACAGAAUCGCUGGCCAUGGCACCUGCUUCAGCGGUAUCCGGCCUUUACUUCUCCAAUUUGAGGUCCAGAUAUUUUGCCGUGGGGAAAAUUUCCAAGGAUCAGAUUGAGGAUUAUGCUUUGAGGAAGAGCAUGUCUGUGGCCGAGGUUGAGAAAUGGCUGGGACCCAUUCUGGGAUAUGAUACAGAAUAACUUUUUUUUUUUUUUAACCUUGUCUGUACUUGUUUCCUCAAAGAAACAGUCAGAAGUGCCUUAAUAAUAACAGCACAGCGGCCGCGAGCCUGUCUGCAUCUGGUUGACCUUUGUGCUGCUCCAGGUUGUGGACGUUUGCUGGGACCUUAUGGAAGAACAGAGUGUUGCUACAGUUCUUGGAAAACAAGCAGCUGUUUUCCAGGGGACUUUGAAUGAAGAGCAGUGAACAAGACUCCGGGGGUGUCCCCGGUCCCUGGGGACUAGGACAAGCCGGAGAUAGAGGUCUUUUGCAUUUCAAAGCAAGUCAACUUGCUUUUUUCAUUUUUACCCCAGAUCUAGGAGACCAUUUCUUCCUUUCUUUCUUCUUUCUCAGAGAAAAGCCUGAAAGUCAGUUGAAUAGGGGUAUGUGACCCUGUGGCAGAGUGAUGCUGUGAGCCACGGGGCAUUUUGAUCUGAGUGGUUAGAGCGGUUACUCUGACAGGGGAG